UGCCAGCACCACCGAGUCCCCCCGGAUCACCGAUCAUCCCCCCACCCGGAUCACCGAGACCGGACAGCGGCGAUGAGCUCCGAGCCGCAGCAGCCGCACGCGGUGCUGAUCCCGCAGCCGGCGCAGGGCCACGUCACGCCCAUGAUGCACCUCGCCAAGGUGCUCCACGCCAGGGGUUUCCACAUCACCUUCGUCAACUCCGAGUACAACCACCGCCGCCUGCUCCGAUCCCGCGGCCCGGGCUCGCUGGACGGCGUCGCCGGCUUCCGGUUCGAGGCCGUCCCGGACGGCCUGCCCCCGUCCGACGACGACGACGUCACGCAGGACAUCGCCGCGCUCUGCCUGUCCACCACCAAGCACAGCGCCGCGCCGUUCGGGGAGCUGCUGGCCCGGCUCAACGGCACGCCAGGGACGCCGCCCGUGAGCUGCGUCAUAGCCGACGGCGUCAUGAGCUUCGCGCAGAGGGUCGCCGAGGAGAUGGGAGUCCCGGCCCUCGUGUUCUGGACCACCAGCGCCUGCGGCUUCAUGGGCUACCUCCAGUUCGCCGAGCUCGUCAAGAGAGGCUACGUACCACUCAAAGAUGCGAGUGACCUGACGAACGGGUACCUGGACACGGCCAUCGACUGGAUCCCGGGGAUGGAGGGCGUCCGUCUGAGGGACAUCCCCAGCUUCAUCCGAACCACCGACCCGGACGACGUCAUGCUCAACUACGACGGCCCCGAGGCGCAGAACGCGCGCGGCGCCCGCGGGGUCAUCCUCAACACCUACGACGCGCUGGAGCAGGGCGUCGUGGACGCGCUCCGCCGCGAGUUCCCGCGCGUGUACACCGUCGGCCCGCUCCAGACAUUCGCCAAAACCGCCGCCGGCGGAGGCGACCUCGACGCGAUCGGCGGGAACCUCUGGAAGGAGGACGCCAGCUGCCUCCGGUGGCUGGACGCCCAGGCGCGGCCAGGCUCGGUCGUGUACGUGAACUUCGGGAGCAUCACGGUGGUGACCCCGGCGCAGCUCGCCGAGUUCGCGUGGGGGCUGGCGAGCUGCGGGCGGCCGUUCCUUUGGGUCGUGCGGCCGGACCUCGUCUCUGGCGAGAAGGCCGUGCUGCCGGAGGAGUUCAUCCGCGUCACGAAAGACAGGGGCGUCCUUGCGAGCUGGUGCCCGCAGGAGCAGGUCCUCUCGCACCCGUCGGUGGGGCUCUUCCUCACGCACUGCGGCUGGAACUCCACGCUGGAGAGCGUGUGCGCCGGCGUGCCCAUGGUCUGCUGGCCCUUCUUCGCCGAGCAGCCGACCAACUGCCGCUACGCCUGCACCAAGUGGGGCAUCGGGAUGGAGAUCGGCAACGAUGUGACCAGGGAGGACGUGGCGAGGCUCGUGCUCGAGGCCAUGGACGGCGAGAAAGGCAAGGACAUGAGAGCCAAGGCGGCGGCGUGGAAGGAGAAGGCCGUGGCGGCGGCGGCGGAAGGCGGGUCGUCAAGCGAGAACCUGGACCGCCUGGUUCAAUUCUUGCGCGCAGGGUGCGUGUGAUUGCUUGCUGCAAGCUGAAUGUGCUUCGAACGAGCUGUGCAUGUUUCUUGUCUAGCUGCAUGCCUCGAGAACAAGAAAUGUCUGGCUAGUAGAUGAACAA